AUUGUCUCCUUCCAGAGGCCCAAAGGGUCCAAAGGCAGCGAAAUGGUCCACUUCUGCGGCGGAUCCAUCAUUAAUGAGCGAUGGCUACUGACGGCCGCCCAUUGCUUUCAGGGAGUGUCCAGUUCCUUCAAGAAGAUGCAGGCCGUGGUGGGCACCAUCAAGUGGAAGGACAGCCCACACAAGUAUACGCUGGAGAAGGCCUUCAACCACGAAAAGUACGACGAGGAUGUCUACGCCAACGACAUAUCGCUCAUCAAGACGAAGGAGCCGAUCAAAAUCGUCGAGAAUAAGAUCCAGUAUCUCGUGAACAGCGUAUGUGUGGCCACACCCGACACGAAGCCCCCCGAGUCGGCUACGGUGUACGGGUGGGGGUACCUGAAGGAGGACGGCGACCCCAGUCCCGACCUCAUGAAAGUGACCGUCAAUAGGACGGACACCAAGGAGUGUAAUAAAGUGUAUCAAGAGUUUGUGGGCAAUUUCACGGAGCAAAUGAUUUGCUAUAUGUCGCCGGGAAAGGACGCCUGCAAGGGAGAUUCUGGCGGACCGUUGACUCAGUCUAUUAAAAGGAGGGGCACCCAAGUGGGAGUGGUAUCGUUUGGACACGGGUGCGCUCGACCUAAGACCCCGGGUAUAUACCAAGAAGAUGUGAGUGCACCGUUAGCCCGUAUAGUGGGCGGUAAGAAAGUCACUAUCAAGCAGUUCCCGUGGAUGGUGUCCUUUCAGAAGCAAAGUGGCGCUACUUUUAAGCACUUCUGCGGCGGAUCUGUUGUCAACCUGCGAUGGAUACUGACUGCCGGCCACUGUUUCAAUGGACUCAAGCAUUCAUACAAGAAGGUCAGAGCAAAAGUAGGCGCAACCCAUUGGGACACCGACGCCGGCACUGUCUACGAGUUGGCCAAAGUGGUCGUCCACGAGAACUACCAGUCCUUCAACUACAACAACGACAUAGCGCUCAUUAAACUCAAACAGCCGGUUCAGUUCGUAAGCGAGGGCGAGCACCGUCUGGUGAACACCGUGUGUAUGCCCUCACCCGGCAGCCAACCGCCCACGCGGGCCAGUGUCUACGGGUGGGGCCUACUGAGCACGUACGGGUCGACCAGCUCGCAGCUCAUGAAAGUAAUACUCGACAAAUACGACACAUCCGACUGUAACGACGCUUACCACCAAUUUGUGGGCAAAUUCACGCCUCAAAUAAUGUGCUACGCGACGGCCGGUAAAGACGCCUGUCAGGGCGACUCCGGCGGACCCCUGUCCACCAAUAUUGAUGGGAAAGAGAUUCAGUUCGGUAUCGUGUCGUUCGGCCAGGGAUGUAGUCUGGAGGACCGCCCCGGGAUAUACACCAAUGUCGUACUGUAUAUGGACUGGAUUAAUAAGAUUAUUACCAGUGAUAAACAGGUUUAA